UGAAUUAUUAUUUCUUUCUGUUCAUAUAUUUUCUUGUUGAGCAUAUACUUUUUGAUUAAUUGAUAUAUUAAUUAAUUGUUAUCUUUAAUUUACUGUAGGUUUAUUAAUACAGUAAUAAACAAUCAAACAUCAUGCCAGUGUUUCACACCAAAACUAUCCAAAUGAUCUUGGAGCCUGUGGCAGAACAGGUUUCAACCCUUGUAUUAAUUCAUGAACAAGGUAAAGAUGGAAACCAGAUGCCUGAUCUCAUUAAUCCAAUUCUGACUGUAAAAGCUGCUGUGUCUAACCUUGUCAAGGUGGGAAAAGACCAAAUUAAAGAUACUAAAGAUGAAAUACUCAAACUGGACACUCCACCAGCUCUUGAAAAGGUUGAGACAUCUGCUGACAUGCUUGUGCAAGCAUCACAACUCUUAUCUAUUGAUCAAAAAAGAGAAACUGCUGAAAUGACUCCUGAAGGAAUGGAAGGAAGGAAAAAACUAAUAGCUGGAUCAAGAGGAAUAUUGCAAGGAACAUCUGAUUUGUUGCUUGUUUUUGAUGAAGCAGAGGUUCGAAGAAUAUGUAAAGUUUGCCGAAAUGUUCGAGAUUACUUAAACCAAUCAUCAAUUGUGGCAGGAAUGGAAGAUCUUGUAGUUUUUGUUAAAUCUCUUACUCCAGGAACCACAACUCUAGCAAGAAUGAUUGGUGACAGAUGUAAAGAUUUAACAAAUCAAAAUCAUGUAGCUGCUCUGACAGAAGAAAUGGACCAAGUCAAAGCUUACAUUCCAGGAUUGAUUUCUAGUUUAAAAGCAUUUGUUCAGACUGUUGAUAAACCAGGAAAAGCUCAGGAAGCGGCAAUAGGAAAUCGUGAAUAUUAUACAACUCAGAUAUCUGAGAGAAUUACUGAAAUAAUUAGGCUCCUUCAACUAGUUUCCACAGAUGAUGCAAACACUGAUCCCCUCAACGUUUUGCAAUUGAAACAAACUCAACAAAAAAUGGCAAGAAAAAUGCAACCGGCUAAAAAUUGGCUCAAUAACCCUAAUGCACCAGCAGGAGGGCCUGGAGAACUCGCACUUCGUGAGAUUCUUGAUGGUGCAAAAGAAAUAGGAAAUCAAGCAGGUGGACCUCUGGGUGAUAAAAUACUGGGUACAACGGCACAUCUUGGUACACUGACAGAUCAACUUUCAGAUCUGAGAGCAAACGGAAAAGGAAACUCUGCGGAAGCAAAACAAAUAGCAACACAAAUUAAUGGUGAACUUGAUCAAUUAAUGGAAGAUGUUGAUGAUGCGAUCGAAGCUAUGGAUAAAUUAGCUAUGGCUCAUUCUGGAAUGGUCAAAACAAUGCCUGCAGCGAGGGAAUGGCUUGCCAACCUGUCUGCCAAACCGAAAGAAGGUGCAGAACAUGUGCAUAAUGUCACCAAAGCUGGUAGAGAAAUAGCCAUGGGUUUGGGUAGUUGUAAAGAUCGUGAUGAUAUUAUACAAUUGUGUGAUGAAAUUGAUGACAUGAUGCAAAAACUAGAAGAAUUUAGAACAUUGGGAUUGGGUGACACUCCAGAAGCUGUUGCUUUAUCAAAAAGUAUUGCUGAUAAACUUACAGCUCUCAAUGCAAAAGUCGCAAAAGCUCUCGCAAGUAAAAAGUCUGUUGCAACAUUGGACUCAAAAAUGGAGGAGAUUGCCAGAUGGUUAGAUAAUCCUGGAGUUAAAGAUGGCGGCCGAGGACUUGCUAGAAGUACUAAGUCUCUUCUUGGUGAUGCUCGACAAAUAGCAGCACGAAUCUCUGACCCUAACGCUAGAUUUGCGUUGUUGAAGAAUGUUGCAGAAUGUGAUCGAUUACUAAAAGAUCUUGAACAUUUGAUUCAAACUGGAAGAGGCGACUCGAAAGAGGCCAAAGAAAUUGCCAAGAAACUGCAGAAAAAAUUGGAAGAAGUCAAGAAACAAAUGAAAGAUGCAUUAGUUCGUGCUGUUGCUGAUGAGUUCGCUGAUACAACAACUUCAUUGAAACAAUUGCAUUCUGCUGCUAUUGCUCCUCUCGACACCUUAAACAGAGAAGAAAACUUUGAGGGCAAAGCAUUAACAUUCCAAAGUCAAUCAACAAGACUUGCUGAUCUGGCUCGACAAGCAGUUGGUGCCAGUGAUCUCGUGUCUCAAGAAAAGGUUGACGAAGUCAAAAAGAAGGCUGUUAGAAUUGAAGGGUUAACUCCACAGGUAAUCAAUGCCGGUAGAAUUGUUCUCUCAAAUCCGGAAAAUAAAACUUCUUUGGAACAUUUUGAAACGUUGAAGCAGGAUUGGACCAGGAAUAUGGAUGAGUUAACCGAUAUGGUGGAUGAUUCAGUUGAUUUUGCAACAUUCAUGGAUGCUUCAGAAGAAAGUAUGAGAAGAGAACAUGAAGCUUGCGUUAAAGCUGUUAAAUUGGAUAAACCAGCUGAUGCUCUUCCUCUGGCUGGAAACAUAUCCCGUCGUGCCCACAGAAUACUUAUGACCGGAAAACGAGAAAUGCAAAAUACUGAUGAUCCACAAUAUGUUGAACAGCUGAGGAAAAAUCUCAAUGCUAUUCAACAACAACUUGAUCCAACAUUGAAAUCAGCUCGUACUUACGCUGGAGCACCAGCAAAUCGCAAAAAUCAAAAUGAUUUUAUUGACAAUGAAGAUAAAUUAAUCCAAGCUGUUUCAAACCUGCAGAAAACAGUGAAAGCAGAAAUAAUUGAGAAAGAAAAACAGAGAAAAGCAUUGGAAGAACCUCCUCCAGUACCACCAAUGCCAGUUUGUCAAACUGAAUUACCACCUCCAGUUCCUCCACCACCCGAAGAAGAAUUUCCUGAAGUUGAAUCUAAUCAACCCAUCAUGGUUGCAGCUAAAGAACUUCAUGAGGAAGCAAAGAAAUGGGAGAGCACUGGUAACAAUAUUAUUGCAGCAGCAAAGAAGAUGGCAUUAUUGAUGGCUAAAAUGUCUCGUCUUGUAGAUGGAGAAGAAGGUUCAAGAAGUGAACUGAUUCAGUGUGCCAAAGACAUUGCGAAAGCUUCGAAUGAUGUGACAAAAUAUGCGAAGGAAGUGGCAACUCAAUGUACAGAUAAGAGGAUCAAAACUGAUAUGAUGAAGACAUUGGAUCGUCUCCCAACAAUCAGUACUCAGUUGAGGAUCUUGUCAACAGUAAAAGCAACAACUCUUGGAAAUCCAUCUCAAGAGAAAGAAGAAGACGCAGAACAAGCAACAGAGAUGUUAGUUCACAAUGCACAGAAUCUGAUGCAAAGUGUCAAGGAAACGGUUCGAUAUGCUGAGGCUGCUUCUAUUCGUAUAAGAACUGAUGCAGGACUGACUAUGAGAUGGGUCAGGAAAGACAACUAAAUAUAUUUGGCAAUCAUUAUUAUUAUGUACUUAUAAAUAUGCUUGCACAGAGUAUUAUUGUUUUCAAACGAAAUGUAUCUAACUUGAAACCAGCUGCUCCUUUUUUGUUUUUCAAAACACAAUGCGCUGUUAAAUCUCUGACUGCCAUUAACUCAGUUUUGUGCCUUUUGAAAUAGAUAUUGUAUCAUUUAUAAGUUGUAGGACUGAACAAUGCCAUAGCCAUAAAUGCCUAGUUUUAGUACUUUAAAACUAUUUCCAUAAAAAUUAAACCAAAUGAAAUGUUGAAAUUCUUAAUCAAAUUCAUCCAAAAACUGAAUUUGUUAAUUUACUAAACUUUAUUCCCCCCCACAUAAUUGUUUCUUUUUAAUGUCUUGCUUGCGAAUUUCUGCAUUUGCUAAGGGUGAUUACUUUUGACACAUGUUUCAAUAGAUGAAUCCAAUAUUCAGAAUUUUGCAGCUGAGAUUUUAUAAGCUUGCUGAAAUCUCCUACAAGUUUGAAAAAUUCCUUCCAAAUUAUAAAUUGAAUUUUCUAAUUUGGUUUUGUUAACCAAUUUGUUUCAAUACUUUAUUUAAUAGACUAAACUUUAAAUCUUUCAUAGAGAAGGUAUGGUUGUGUCGUCAGUAUAGAUAUUUUGUUCGUAAAUUCUGUAUUUUUGUGUUAAAAUAUUGGACAGAUGGGCAACUUGUUUACAUUAUCAACUAACCCUGUUUGAAUAUAAAGUUAAAUAUUCAGAUACAAUAUAAACUGUAUAAUUUUUUUCCUACUUUAUUGCACCGCUUUCAAAAUGUUGAGCAAUCUUUAUUUCAUCAUGUAAUAUUUCCUGUAUAUUCAUGACAUUUUUUGAUCUUCCUCAUUUCUUUCAUCAGCCUUAGACCAAUUUCAUAAAUUUGAUUAAAUCUGUAUUCAAUGUGUUUGCAUAGUAUGGUAUAGAGCUCUGUGGUUAAAUCUGGCCCAACUAAGUUAAUUCAAAUAAGUUCGUUGAUUACAUGUGAAAUAAAGUUAAAUCACACCACCGUUUUAUAAGUAGAUUUUGCCUCUUGCAAUAAAGCCAGUGUUCUAUUUAAUUCAGCAUGUUUUGUUGUAUGGCCGACCAGUUUAAAAUUUCUCUCUGAAGUAUACGUUAUAAAAGAAUUUUAUACUAUUAAACUAGUUCUUUUUUGACUGGUAGCACACUGACAUGAUCAAAUAACGACUAGUACUGUUCACAAUAUACAUUAUUUAUUUAACCAUUGUAAAAUAUUUUUAAUCAUCUUUGCAUGAGGAAAAAAAUGUGGACGGACAUUGUUUUGAUGAAAUAAAUUUGGUGUCUAUCGUUAUUUUCUACCAAGCAUUGAUAUAGUACCAACCCCAUUGUAUUUAAUAUUCCAUGUUCCAAUUAUUGUAAUAGCUUUCUGCAUUUUUAUAUACUUGGUCAACUAAUAAAAUAUAUAAUCAUGGCACAGA